UCCUGCUGCACCACCUUCACAGCCCACAGUCCGCAGUCCUCCUCUGCUCAUUACUCACCGCAGCUCCACACCAGCAGCCUGCUCUCUGCUCCUCAUCCGUGUCUGCUGCUUCUGAUUCAGCAGCUCUGACUGCGAGCUAAAUGUGCGGAGAUAAACGGCCGCUGCUGCCUGACAGGAUACAUGGAGACAACACAAGACUGUGACAAACUUGUGCAAGGGAAACCUUUUGGAGGUCCCAGGAGAAGAUGGCAUUCUGGAGGAGAAAUCCUCACAUUGAAAAGGAACGCCGUGUGAAAGCCAAUGCACGAGACUACAACGAUAAGUUCUCCUAUGCUGACAAUCGCAUCAAAACCUCCAAGUACAACAUCUUCACCUUCCUGCCCAUCAACUUGUUUGAGCAGUUCCAGCGGGUGGCCAACGCUUACUUCUUAGUGCUGCUGAUACUGCAGGUGAUUCCAGAAAUAUCCUCCCUGUCCUGGUUCACAACCAUCGUGCCUUUGGUUUUGGUGCUGGUGAUCACAGCUGUAAAGGACGCCACAGAUGACUAUUUUCGACAUAGGAGCGACCAGCAAGUCAACAACCGCCAGUCUCAGGUUCUCAUCAGGGGGAGUUUGCAGAACGAGAAGUGGAUGAACGUUCGCGUGGGCGAUAUAAUCAAACUAGAGAAUAAUCAGUUUGUUGCUGCAGACAUCCUCCUUCUCUGUAGCAGUGAGCCUUAUGGACUGUGCUAUAUUGAGACGGCAGAGCUGGAUGGAGAAACAAAUCUGAAAGUUCGCCAAGCUUUGACUGUCACCUCAGAUUUGGGAUCUAUUUCAAAACUGAUGGACUUUGAUGGAGAAGUCAUUUGUGAGCCACCAAACAACAAGCUGGAUAAAUUUACAGGAACAUUAUACUGGAGAGACAAUAAAUACCCACUGGAUAAUGAAAAAAUGCUCCUGCGAGGCUGUGUUCUCAGAAACACUGAGUGGUGCUUUGGAAUGGUCAUCUUUGCUGGGUUGCAAACCAAACUGAUGCAGAACUGUGGCAGGACUAAAUUUAAAAGGACCAGUAUUGACAAGCUGAUGAACACUCUGGUUUUGUGGAUCUUUGCCUUCCUCAUAUGUAUGGGGGUUAUUUUGGCGAUUGGAAACACUAUUUGGGAGAAUUGGAUCGGCAGAAACUUUGAGGUGUUUUUGCCGUGGGAUGAGUUUCAGAGCAGCGCCGUUUUCUCUGGCUUCCUCACCUUCUGGUCCUACAUCAUCAUCCUCAACACUGUUGUGCCCAUCUCACUGUAUGUCAGUGUUGAGGUUCUGCGUCUGGGUCACAGUUUCUUCAUUAACUGGGACCGGAAGAUGUACUACAGUCAGAUGGACACUGCAGCUGAGGCUCGGACCACCACCCUGAAUGAGGAGCUGGGCCAGGUGGAGUUCAUCUUCUCCGACAAGACGGGCACCCUCACCCAGAACAUCAUGGUCUUCAGCAAGUGCUCCAUUAAUGGACAGACGUACGGUGACGUUUAUGAUGAAUUUGACCAGAAGGUGGAAAUUACAGAGAAAACAGCCUGUGUGGACUUUUCCUUCAACCCGCUCUGCGACAGAAGGUUUAAAUUUUACGACUGCAGCCUGGUUGAAGCCAUCAAGCUGGAGGAUCCUGCAGUGCAGGAGUUUUUCCGACUGCUGGCUUUGUGCCACACCGUCAUGCCAGAGGAGAAGAGUGAAGGAAAUUUGGUGUAUCAGGCCCAGUCACCUGAUGAGGGAGCGCUGGUCACCGCAGCACGAAACUUUGGGUUUGUCUUCCGGGCCCGAACCCCAGAAACCGUCACGCUGUGUGAGAUGGGACGAGCUGUCACCUACCAGCUGCUGGCCAUACUGGACUUCAACAACGUGCGCAAGAGAAUGAGUGUCAUUGUGAGAAAUCCACAGGGCCAGAUCAAACUGUACUCCAAAGGUGCUGACACUAUUAUCUUUGAGCGUUUGGAUCCAUCGAGUGAAGACCUCGUGUACACUACCUCAGAACACCUCAAUGAAUUUGCAGGUGAAGGGCUUCGAACAUUGGCUCUGGCCUACAAAGAUCUCGAUGAAGAUUAUUUUGACGUUUGGAUGAAGAAACUUCUCUUUGCGAGCACUGUGAUCGAGAACCGUGAGGAUCAGCUGGCUGUUCUCUACGACGAAAUCGAGCAAGGCAUGAAGCUUCUAGGAGCCACAGCAAUCGAGGACAAACUUCAGGAAGGAGUUCCAGAGACUAUCGCCUGUCUGAGUCUGGCCGACAUCAAGAUCUGGGUGCUCACCGGUGACAAACUGGAAACAGCAAUGAACAUCGGCUACUCCUGCAACAUGCUGCGAGAUGACAUGAACGAGGUGUUUGUUAUCUCCGGCCACACACUGCUGGAGGUGCAGCAGCAGCUCAGAAGCGCUAAGGAGCACAUCCUCGGCCUGAGUCGAGUCAGCAGUGCACGAGAUGUUGAGAAGAUGUUUGCGGAGGAUUCUGUGUUUGAAGAAACUAUUAUUGCAGAGUAUGCCUUAGUCAUCAAUGGACACAGUCUGGCUCAUGCUCUGGAGCCACAGCUGGAGCACACACUGCUGGAUUUGGCCUGUUUGUGCAAAACAGUCAUCUGCUGCCGGGUCACUCCGCUGCAGAAAGCUCAGGUGGUGGAGCUGGUGAAGAGGCACAAGAGGGCCGUCACUCUGGCCAUAGGAGACGGAGCCAACGAUGUCAGCAUGAUCAAGACUGCUCACAUCGGUGUUGGCAUCAGCGGACAGGAGGGGAUGCAGGCCGUUCUGGCGUCAGAUUACUCCUUCGCUCAGUUUCGGUACCUGCAGAGGCUCUUGCUGGUGCAUGGACGCUGGUCCUACUUCCGCAUGUGUAAUUUUCUGGGAUACUUCUUCUACAAGAACUUUGCCUUCACUCUGGUGCACUUCUGGUAUGGCUUCUUCUGUGGUUUCUCAGCACAGACUGUGUACGACCAGUGGUUCAUCACUCUCUUCAACAUAGUCUACACAUCCUUACCAGUGCUGGCAAUGGGACUUUUUGAUCAGGACAUCAAUGACCAGAACAGCCUUCGCUACCCGAGCCUUUACAAACCGGGCCAGCAAAACCUUCUCUUCAACAAACGCCAGUUUUUCUUGUGCACACUGCAGGGGAUGGCCACAUCGUUCCUGCUUUUUUUUAUUCCCUAUGGAGCCUUUUCUCUUAUGGUGAAGGAAGACGGCUCACACUUUUCUGAUCAACAAGCGUUUGCUGUCACCAUAGCAACAUCCUUGGUCAUUGUCGUAAGCGUUCAGAUUGGACUCGACACUCACUACUGGACAGCAGUCAAUCAUAUCUUCAUAUGGGGGAGUCUGGCGGUUUACUUUGCCAUAUUAUUUACGAUGCAAAGUAAUGGCAUAUUUGGCCUUUUUCCAAAUAAUUUCCCGUAUAUUGGCACGGCUCGCAACUGUCUGUCAGAGAAAAGCGUGUGGUUGGUGAUUCUGCUCACCACGGUGGUGUGUGUUGUGCCCGGAUUAGUCGUCAGCUUCCUCAGAGUCGACCUCUUCCCAACUCUCACAGACAAGGUUCGUUAUCUCCAACAGUCCAGAAGGAAGCAAGGACCUCAGGAGCAGAAUCUGAGGCGAGUACGCAGGACGAGCUCGCGCCGCUCUGCCUAUGCCUUCUCCCACCAACAGGGCUACGGAGAGCUGAUCACCUCAGGCAAAAACAUGAGGAUGAGCACAGUGUCCUCCGCUCGCUCCCCUGGAAGGACACCGCACAGCUCCAACUGGAUAGAAAACAUGUUAAAGAGAAAGAACGAAGUUUCUUGUGUCUCCUACGAGAGCAAGGGGGCACCAGAAAGCAACAAGAGGGCGAUACAGACUCUAAAACAACAGCACACAGACCGACAGACUAAGAUACUGAAUGUACAGAAGAGGAUACCAUAUGCAUGGAUCCCACAGACCAAGCACAAGCGAUGAGUGUCCUUCAUUUGAGUGAAUUUCUGCUCAAAUCAACAACACAAACGUACCUCAUUUUUUUUAAUCAACGUGAAUCAUGUUUGCUCUGAAUGUUAAAGAGCAACCAAUACUUGAUCACCUGGAGGAACUGUUUCCAAAAAAAGAAAAAAGAAGCCACCUGCUGGUAGAUUAAAGAUUGGAAACUUUGGCGUCUGCUGGACAUUUGUUAAACUGGAAAACUCUCACUUUGACAGCAGUGGGUAUAGUUUAUGAAAACAUUAUGCAUGAGUUGCCAAAGUUAAAGAAAUAUUUAUCAUUGUGCAGCAAAUAAUCCAAUUUGAUCUAAUCGCAGUGGGUGCAUUUAUUUUGUAUAACUUUAUUUGGCAUGGCCUUCUCUAUUUAAUGAAGAAAGAUUAGCACAUUUUGGUACCUUCAGCUGUCACAAAGCAAACUUUUUUAUCAUACAAAUGCGAAGGUAACGGUAGCCCUGAUCAUCAGAACAAAAAGCUUCUGUAAAAAAAGAUCCAUCUGUAAAAACUAUGCAUAGAAACUUUCUUUUUAACCAACAUCCAAAGUGCUAAAAUACAAGUAUUCCUGUAAAUACUGAAGUGAAGCUGCUGAAUGUGAUGGUAAGCACAAUUUAAAUAACAAUUUCCAAAUUUUGUUACGUUUUACUGACCUACCAUUUUGCCAGUAUAUACAGUAUGCCAUUAACCCAGCUGGAAAUAUGGACCUCAUAAUGUUAAGAUUUGCUCUGAGAUCUAUUUCCCCUGUGCUGUGCCUUGUAGGGUUCCUGUUAAAGACAACUCUUUUUUUUAUUUUAUAUUUGAUGGUUGUUUGACAUGGCUGUAUUCAAAGACAUGUGAAACUAGAAUGCAUGGCUUGAAUCUGAUAUCCUCUUUAAAAUAAUGACUUAAUCUUCAUUUUAAAUUUUGUACAGCUGCUGUUUAACCUCUGAAUGACCUUUUAUCAAACACCUAACAUAGAAAAAAUUAAAACAACAGAAGAAAUUCACUUUCAAAGUAUUUAAAUUAACAACAAUGAUAUAUGUUGGGGUUUUUUGUCUGUUAAAUAUUUAGCAGAUAUUUGAGCAGAAGUGACAGCAAAAAGCCUGGGCAAGGAUCGAUGUGAUGAAUGUCCCUGAGCAGAUGUAAAUGCAGAAUGCUGCAGCUGCAUUCAGCACAGCAGAGUAGCAUGUGCCUUAGACCACCGAGCCUCCACCACCACCACUGCUCUCUAAUGAAUUGAAAAUUGAUCCUGUGCAGAAGCCCAGAGUGUGAAUGUACAAUCAGGACUUUUCUUUAACACACCGCAAACCCGACUCACUUUAACAGCUGAAAGAGAGCUGUCUAAAGGCUGCUGUUCCAAGGAUGUAAAGCCUGAAAACAUUCAGCGUAUUUAAGACCUAAUUUUAGUAAAUGUUAAUAAAGGACGGAUGAAUGGAUUUUA